GAUGGCGGCCUGGGCGCGGGCUGUGCGGGGGCUGCUGCUGGAUGUCAGCGGGGUUCUCUACGACAGCGGUGGCGAUGGCGGGGUGCCCAUCGCCGGCUCGGUGGAGGCGGUGCGCAGGAUCAAAGCGUCUGGGCUGAAGCUGCGGUUCUGCACUAACGAAACCCAAGCAACCCGGGAGAAGUUUGUGAAGAAGCUGCAGGGCAUGGGCUUUGACAUCUCCGUGGCUGAAGUCACCGCCCCAGCACCAGCAGCCUGCCGCAUGUUGAAGGAGCGUGGCCUGAGGCCGCACUUGCUCGUGCACGACGAUCUUGUCCCUGAAUUUGCAGAGAUCGAUAAAGCAAACCCAAACUGUGUGGUUAUUGGAGAUGCAGCAGAAAACUUCACCUAUGCAAACCUUAAUGAAGCUUUCAGAGUUCUGAUUGGGAUGGAGAAGCCUGUUUUGCUCUCCCUUGGAAGAGGACGCUACUAUAAGGAAACCGAUGGUCUGAAACUUGAUGUUGGAGCAUAUAUGAAGGCAUUAGAGUAUGCUUGUGAUGUUCAAGCUGAGGUAGUGGGAAAACCAGCAAAAAAGUUUUUUGAGUCAGCCUUAGCAGAAAUGGGAGUUCCACCACAUCAGGCCAUCAUGAUUGGAGAUGAUAUUGUGAAUGAUGUUGGAGGUGCCCAGCGGUGCGGUAUGAGAGCUCUGCAAGUGCGGACCGGGAAGUACAGGCCUUGUGAUGAAAACCACCCCGAUGUGAAGCCUGAUGCCUACGUGAACAACCUCGCUGAAGCAGUUGACAUUAUCCUCCAUCAGAUGUAAAGCCAGUGGCACUGUGAAUGGUCGGAAGGAAUGAGGAGGAUCUCUCACAUGCAGCUUUGUGAGGCAACUUUGUAUUCUCUUACCUCCAUCUGACGUUAAUGAACCCAGAACCAGACUUUCCCAGGGUGGUGAACACCCAGUGUUGCUAAAUAUUUAGUGUAACAGUACUAAGUGACUGAUUAAUUAGCUUACAGUACUACUGACCUCAUCAAAGUGAACACCAACCCUGCUGUCCUCCAGCAUGUCUUGAAUGUCUUUCCCUUGGUGCCGUGCCCUUGCCAGUACAGGGAGCAAAAUUAGCUCUCCCAAAAGCGACAAUUUCUUCCCAUCUGGACUUUUCUGUUUAACUCACCCUUUCUGUGCCUUUUGAGGUGCCUGAGAUGGGAUGGAGGAUCUCCUUGAGGGGUGAUGGAGGCCACCAAGCCCUGGGCUGGGUCCUCUGUGUGCCUUUCGCUGUGGGUGGCAUGAAAACCCCGAGGAGCGGGACAG